AUGCCCGAGCAAGAGACGUAUGGCAUCAGGACGUCGUCGUUGGGCAGCGAUCGACAAUCGACAGACGGGGUUGAAACAAAAUCAGAAAUCGAUUAUCAUGAUGGGGCUUCCAGUAAGCACACGGAUGAAGAACACGAUGACCCAGAAGACAUUCCACCGCGUCUCGAGCGUCAGUCGACGGAGCUUGGUGCUCCCAUCAAGGUCGCCCGAUUGAAGCGCAGAGGCUUGUUUGGUCAGUUGGCACUGGUGGCAGAGGUUGAGAACCCGAAGACAUAUCCCCGGAAAACGAAAUGGUUUAUUACAUUCAUCGUCGCUCUUGCUGGAGCCACGGCACCCAUGGGCAGCUCAAUCUUCUUUCCCGCUCUAUCGCAAGUAUCCAAGGAGUUGAACACGACGUCCACCACCACCAAUCUGUCAAUCGCUUUGUACAUGCUGGCAAUGUCGAUAUUUCCAUUGUGGUGGUCGUCAUUCAGUGAGCGAUUUGGGCGACGCACCAUCUACCUAGCUUCCUUCUCUCUAUUUGUCCUCUUCAACUGCCUCUCUGCCAUUUCGAGCUCCAUCUCCAUGUUGAUUGUCAUGCGAAUGCUGAGUGGUGGUGCUUCUGCUUCUGUGCAGGCUGUCGGUGCGGGCACCAUAGCCGAUCUUUGGGAAUCCAGAGAGCGAGGACGCGCCAUGGGUAUUUUCUAUCUCGGUCCCUUGUGUGGUCCUUUAUUUGCCCCCAUUGUCGGUGGUGUCUUGGCUCAACGCUGGGGAUGGCGAAGCACGCUGUGGUUCCUUUCGGCCUUUGGUGCUCUCACUUUGAUCUUUAUCUUGUUCGCUCUUCCCGAGACGUUGACUGCGCCAAAGCCCAUCAUGGCUGAUUUUGAGGACGGCGAGGAUACCAAUAUCAGCAGGUCGUUGAGUCGAGUCUCGUCCCGGCAGGUCGCCCGGGCUACCACGAGGUGGAUCAAGACGUUGAAGAUGUUUUUCAUUGACCCACUCAAGAUCAUUCUAUACCUGCGCUUUCUCCCCGUUCUUCUCACGGUGUACUACGCGAGUAUUGCCUUCGGUUCUCUAUAUGUUCUCAACAUCAGCGUUGAAGAAACUUUCGGAAAAGCGCCAUAUAACUUCUCGACCAUCAUUGUCGGUUUGCUUUACAUUCCAAACUCGCUCGGCUACAUGGUAGCCAGUAUCUUCGGUGGCAGAUGGAUGGACAACAUCAUGCAACGAGAGGCGAGGAAGGCAAACCGAUAUGACGAGAAGGGCAGACUUAUACUACGACCCGAAGACCGAAUGCGUGAGAAUGCUUGGGUAGGUGCCUUCCUGUACCCAGCAGGCCUGUUAUGGUAUGGCUGGGCGGCAGAGAAGGGAGUAUACUGGCUUGUCCCUAUGAUCGCCAACUUCUUCUUUGGUAUGGGCUCCAUGCUUAUUUUUAGCAUGGCGACUACUAUGCUCACCGAGUUCAUGCCGAAAAAAUCUUCAGAGGGAGUAGCUCUCAACAACUUCAUGCGAAAUAUCUGCUCCUGUGUCGGUUCCCUCGUCACAGCCCCUAUCAUUGGCGGCAUCGGCAAUGGCUGGCUCUUCACUAUUCUCGGCGUUGUCGGUUUCGCAAGCAGCGCCGUUAUCUUCUUGAUGAGGGUCAAUGGCCCCAAAUGGAGAAAGACCAUGGAUGCAAAAAUGCAUUCAUGA